AUGGAGAAUCCCGAAGUGGCUGUGAGCAGCUGCAGUGCUCAGGAUGAUGAAAAUCUUUGCAGCUACAAACGGCACCUGUCAAUAUCACCAAAGGGGCUUUUGGAAGACCAGCUUAGAAGGAAGUUAAAAUUCUUCUUCAUGAACCCAUGUGAGAAAUUCUGGGCCCGGGGCAGGAAACCUUGGAAACUUGGGAUUCAGCUACUCAAAAUAGCAAUGGUUACUAUUCAGCUGGUGGUUUUUGGAUUGAGCAAUCAAAUGGUGGUUGCCUUCAAAGAAGAGAACACUGUUGCAUUCAAACAUAUCUUCUUGAAAGGAUACAUGGACAGAAUGGAUGAUACCUAUGCUGUAUACACACAAACAGAUGUCUAUGACCAGAUAUUCUUUGCAAUAAACCAGUACUUACAGCUGCCCAACAUUUCUGUUGGAAACCAUGCUUAUGAGAAGAGGGGAGCAGAAGAGACAGCUCUGGCAGUGUGUCAGCAGUUCUACAAGCGAGGAACCAUUUGUCCUGGAAAUGAUACCUUUGAUAUAGACCCAGAGAUUGUGACUGACUGCUUGUACAUUGAGCCAGUGACACCAUUAGACAACACAACAGUGGGAAAGCACAAUUUGAAUUUCACUCUGGAUUUCCACAGACUGGUGACAGUGCAGCUCAUGUUCAAUCUGAAGGCAAUCAACCUCCAGACCGUUCGUCACCACGAGCUCCCCGACUGUUACGAUUUCACUCUGACGAUAGUGUUUGAUAAUAAAGCACAUAGUGGAAGAAUUAAAAUAAGUCUAGACAACGACAUAGCAAUCAGGGAAUGUAAAGACUGGCACGUUUCUGGAUCAAUACAGAAGAACACUCAUUACAUGAUGAUCUUUGAUGCUUUUGUUAUAUUGACUUGUCUGGCCUCAUUGAUCCUUUGCACACGAUCAGUGGUUAAAGGAAUUCGGCUCCAAAGGGAAUUUGUAAGCUUUUUCCAAUAUUACUAUAAGAAAGAAGUAUCUUUCAGUGAUCAAAUGGAAUUUGUCAAUGGGUGGUACAUCCUGAUUAUGGUUAGUGAUGUCUUAACUAUUGUUGGAUCAACUCUAAAGAUGGAGAUACAAGCCAAGAGCCUGACAAGUUAUGAUGUCUGUAGCAUACUUCUAGGAACAUCCACUAUGCUUGUGUGGCUUGGAGUCAUUCGCUACCUAGGUUUCUUUCAGAAGUAUAAUCUUCUCAUCCUAACACUGCGAGCAGCAUUACCCAAUGUAAUGAGGUUCUGCUGUUGUGCUGCUAUGAUCUACCUGGGCUAUUGUUUCUGUGGAUGGAUUGUACUGGGACCAUACCAUGUGAAGUUUCGCUCUCUGAACAUGGUUUCCGAAUGCCUUUUUUCAUUGAUCAAUGGAGAUGACAUGUUUGCCACCUUUGCAAAAAUGCAGCAGAAAAGUUACUUGGUUUGGUUAUUCAAAUACCUCUACUCCUUCAUCAGUCUGUUCAUCUAUAUGGUGCUGAGCCUCUUCAUUGCACUCAUUACAGAUACGUAUGAAACUGUCAAGCACUACCAGCAAGAUGGCUUUCCGGAGACAGAACUUCAGAGAUUUGUAUCACAGUGCAAAGACUUACCAAACUCCGGCAGGUACAGGCUAGAGGAGGAGAGUUCUGCAUCACUUUUCUGUUGUUGUAAUGGUUGUAGUGAACAUAUUUAA